GCAGCGAUUGGUUGAGAGAGACCUACUUCAUACGGAGCUCUUUCUUGAGGCGGUUCCUGCCUCAGACGGCAAUUAUGGCGGCGGGAGGAGACACGAGGCGCGUCCCGGACGUCGAUAUCGACCCGGACGGCGUCUUCAAAUACGUUCUCAUUCGCGUUACGCCAGAGGAGACCGGGGAGAGUAAAGAUGUCGUUCGUGGCUACGCCUGGGCCGAGUACCACGCCGACAUUUAUGACAAAGUGGCUGAAGAGUUGGAGAAGCAAGGUUUCGAUUGCGAGUGCCUCGGAGGCGGACGCAUCUCCCACCAAAGCCAAGCCAAGAAGAUUCACGUUUAUGGCUACUCCGUGGGUUUCGGCCGAGCCAAACACUCCAUUUCCACCGAGAAACUGAAGGCUGCCUUCCCUGACUAUGAAGUCACCUGGUCCGACGAAGGCUAUUGACUGUUUCAGGAUCUGGAUAGAGGCCUCCAUGGCUCUAUGGGUGUCUGCCCUGGCUCCCGUCCCAACAAGAACUGGACAGAUGGAGAGGGAACGGGUCCAUUCCCCUGAGAAGGGCAGGAGGGUCCCUUGGGUCAAAUCUGACGGAAUAAAUGCAUCAACUUUGGUGCUUUUUGCCUUU